AUGGGAGAAGGAGAGGGGCAAGGGUCUGGCAAUAACAACUCUUCACGUCCUUUUAACAGCAACAAGGUGCCUGGGAUUUGGAACCGUCUCAUGGGGCUCUUGGUUGCUGGCAAGGCUAGCGCGGUCAGCAUCAUCGAACCCAACAACACUUCUGCGAACACUACAGUAGCUAUGAAGGAGACAAAGGAGGAAGUUGAGGCCACCAAUGAGGAAUCUAGCGCAAUCGUAUCCUCCACGCUCAAGCCUCCUCAGCAACAGGCUCGGUCGACCGUGUCUGUCAACUCUACCACUUCAAGUCAACAACAUACACAGCAACCAACGACUUCGCGACCUGCACUCAACGGCCCCUCAACAUCAGCAUCGUCACCGUCCUCAGAGAAGGCGUCGACUUUGGCGCGGCAGGAGAUUAUUGCCAAAAUUGGGCUGGACCACUACUUGCUGAUCCGGUUCCUGAAGAUGCUGUUCGCCGUCUCUGUGAUCCUGGGUCUUGUGGCGAUCUCUUCACUGGUGCCGCUAUAUAUGAUUCGCCAGACAGGCGAAGACCUUCAAGGCAGUGGCGACCUUUUGGGCGCUGGAUCACACCCAAUGAGACGCGUCGAAAUUUUGCAGAUCGGAAAUGUGAUCGAUGAUGAGCGCCUCUGGGCUGCUGUCCUGGCUGUCGCUCUCGUCUCUGGUCUAAUCCUUGUCUGGUCCUGGUCCGAGCUCAUGCUGUUUCUGAAACUCCGGCAAGAGUUUCUCUUCCGGUCCGCCUCCCGUUACUCCUCCCGCGUCGUCCUCUUGCAGAACCUCCCCGAAGACUUGCGGACCGUCGAAUCUCUCAAACAGGUCUUUGCUACUGCUCCCGGUGGAGGGGUCGAACAUGUCUAUCUCGUCAGGGAUGUCUCGCGGCUCGAAAAGGCGGUCAAGCAGCGGCAGGUGGUUCUGGACAAGUUGGAGGAAACAGAGUCAAAUUAUAUGAAUGCUAUUGCGAGAGCGUCGGCUAUGGUUUCUUUUACGACUUUGAAUAUGAGGUCUCGGUCCUGGCUUGGUCGGUGUGUUGAUAGGGUCAAGACUUGUUUUGGGCUUGAGGGUUCGAGCGUUGGUGGAAGCGGUGGUCAGAGUCUGGAUGACGAGGAUUAUGUUGGACAUCUCAAGUUAUACCAGCUCAGUGAUGUGCCCAAGCUUUCGCUCGCGGACCUGUCCAGCUCUACUGCUAUCAACAGUAUGCCCAGCACCAGUGAGAGACGGUCUUCGCAGACUCUCCAACAACAAGGCACCACGCUCUCGAACGUCUCCAGCUCGGGUGGACUGGCGGUUUUGAAGUGGUACCAAAAACCAAGACGACCAAGACACUAUGCCGGUAUUCCUUUGCUCAGCAAGCAACAGGACUCUAUUCGAUACUACCGAGGAGAACUCUGUCGUCUGAACAAGGUGAUUGAGCAAGAGUAUUUGCAGCAAGCUAAAGCCAUGGCAGACGAUCGCCAGGGGAUCCGACAGCCUCAUGCCCACCGCCCUCAGAGCCGAGCAAGAAAGGGUCUUCAUCCUGACGCAAAAAGCACACCCAGUCAAGCUGGAUCUGUCAAUGGCCACGAGAACGUCGUGAUCUUGGACGAUGUGGCCACUGCAUCCGAGACCGAGAAGGGCGCCUCUCCCACGAAGAGUGCUCCACCAAACCAAGUCGACACUCUCCCCGCCGCGUUUAUCUUGAUGAGAACCCGCGCAGGCGCCAAGGCCAUUGCAUUUGGAACGAUUGGACAAGACCAGAUCCCCAUAAAAUCUCGCACACUGGGCAUCCCUCCACGCGACAUCGAAUGGCGCGUCCUCGGUCAGGCAACAUCGCCUCUUUCGAAGCUACUCAGACGCGCUAUGAUCAUCUCUGUCGGGUUCCUGUUGGUGGUUGGAUGUGGACUGGUUGUCUCUGCGAUGGCGUCGAUGGCGGUCUUCAAGGGGUGGGAAAGGGUUAUUGAGGAAGAGGCGGAGGUCCUGGCGGGCCCUGUUGUUUAUUUGCGACAGGGUGUUCUUGCCCCUUUGUUGCUUGGCCUUUUGAUGUUUGCUGGAUCUUGGAUCCUCAAUGAGUUGUGCCAGUACUGGGGACGCGUUUCAAAGAUACAGACAGACUUGUUGACCCAGAGAUGCUACUUUUACUUCCUGUUGGUCAAUAUGAUCUUGGUGCAUCCCAUUGUGUCACUCUCCCUGUCAUGGCAUGAGUCCGCCUUCACUGAAGUCGACAGCUUGUCGAAUUUUCUGAUCCACGCCAUUCCCUCCUACUGCUCCUUCGCAUUCUCUUACAUCCUCACUGCAGGCCUGAUGUUGCCUCUCCACCAUAUCCUCCAAUUCUCUCGGCUCUGGGCAACUCUCCCUGCUAUCACCCUCUGGUCCGCGCUAGGUCCUCUCUCCUGGCGCAAGUCAAACCGUCUGCACAAGUCCAAGAGCCAUCGCGAUCAUACUGGUACAAGUUCGGCCAUCGAUGAUGCUGCUAGGAGGACCACUGAUGUCGCAUCAACCGGUUCCACUGAAUCGUCAACCUCGAGCAACUCGGCGUCGCUCGAAGACAACUUCUCGCCAGCACCCACUCAGACUCCUCGUCAAGCCUUCCAAACGCGUCAACCACCAUUCUUCAACCUCCAGAACUUGUAUCCACAUCUGGUCCUGAUGUUCACCAUUUCGUUGGCGUUGCUCCCUCUAGCACCACUGCUGUUCUUGUUCUGGAUCGUGGUUCUGAUGACUAUGAACCUUUGUUACCGAUACCUGGUCCUUCAAGUUGUGACGGCCAAGAGUCAGUCUGGAGGACUACACUACCUCCAAGCGAUCAAGUUCGUCCUUUUCCCAACGUUGGCUUGCCCGCCAUUGCUGUUGGCGGUGUAUCUGGGUAUCCGGCAGGCUUGGAUCCAGGCUGGGUUCUCGGCGGGUCUGUUGGCGGCGGUUUUGGUUGCGCGGGUGGUUGUUGGGGUUCAGUUUGGGAAGCGGGAGGAGAUGAUGUUGGAGAAGGUGGAGGCAUAUUAUUUGCAGCCGGAGGUCGUGCUGCUUCAUUCUGGGAAGGCAUCUGGUGCGGGUGGAAAACCUGAAGGAAAGGCGAGGGCAGUUAGAGGUGGAGGUCAGGAUGCGAUUGUUCACUUGGGGCACUUGAGCCCUAGUUCUCUCGGUCAUGAAGCCGGAUCUGCUGCUUCAGAUGCUCGCGGGUUUUUGUCUGAUAGCGAUGGAGAGGGACAGUCUCCUUCCGAUUUGGAUGAGCACGCGAAGGAGACGACUUCUCCGCGCCGGAGGAUGAUCAAGAGGAUGAUCCAGCGGCCCACGACGAUCAUUGGACAUUACCGCAACUCGUUUGUCUCCACCAUCUCUGGAGGCACUCGUCCCAAGAGUGUGUCUGUGUUUGAUCUUGAACGAUACGAAAAGGAGAUCUUGGGGAUUGCGUAUGACCUUGAUGCUGAGCCUGCUGGUUCUCAACAAGGGUCGUCGAUUCAGGCAGUCGCGGCUUCUCCUUCCCAGGGUCCGAUUCAUUCUCGGCAAUCGAGUCUUGUGAGGGCACAGACUGUUGGUCAUGCUUCUGCUCAUGGUCGGACAGCUUCUUCUUCGACUGGCUUUGAACCUACUUUCAGUUUUGCCGAUGGCACUGAGGACUCUGAGAUACAUGACUUGUUCCCAAGUUACUCCAGUAUGAGUCAUGGAGCUGGGGUUGCAGGAUCUGCUUUGUCCAAGGCCGAGGAGGAGGAGGUUGAGAAGGAGGCAAAGUACAGGGAGAUCGUCAAGGCUCUUCGUCGUGCAAGCACCGUCGCCUCUCGCAAGCAACUGGACGCGCCUUUUGUCACCAGCAACAACAAUGCCGCAUCAGGAGCAGGAAGUCAGCAACGUCGUGUUAGGAUGGCUGGUGCUCCCGGAUUUGCAUCAUCUUCCCUUGAAGCUGUGAACGAGACCAAGACGACAGGUCAAUUCAACAAAAGAGCCAACGGCACCAACAAUAAGCCACUUUACCGAGCAUCACUCCCCGCCUUGCUCAACUCACGACCCUUGCACUACGCCAACAACCCUUACCUGCUCCACCAACGCGGCAUUGACGAUGCUCUGUCAAGUGUUUCAAUGUCGUCCAGGGUCUCCAACUCUGGCCGUCAUACUGGUCGAGGUGCACCUUCGUUGCCGAUGCUCCUGAUCCAUCGCGAGUCGGUCGUCGCUGCCGAGGAACGGAGUCGGAUCCAGGGGUUGUACUUGAACCCUGUCUUACAGGAGGCCAAGACGAAGGUUAUUGUUUGGCUGCCGAGUCAGACUGAGCAGUCGUUCUGGGGCGCUUCGCCUUCUUCCUGGAGCGGGAUCCAUGGACAUGGAAAUAGUCAACAUCAUCACCGGCAGCAGCCUGCUGGGUCGUUCUCGGCGAGGACUUUGUCGUCUUUUGGACAUUGCAAGCGUCAUGCGGCGCUUCGGGUCCGUGAAGACAAUGAGGUGAACGAUUUGGCCAUCUCUGAAGCUCCAGGCGCAAGCAAUGGACCGUCGUCUCCAACAGCAGCUGACGGAUCCCACUCUGCCACAGCCCCAGUUCAAGACCGCUCAACAUUCGGGCUCUCAACCUCCCUCACACAGACGCAAAACGCAUCAGAUAAUCGCCAUUCUCGCCAACAGCAACAACAGCAUCAUGAAUGCACAUGCCUAAUCUAUCAAGAGGUCUUAAAAGCCGUAGCCGACGCCGUAGCAUUAGCAGACCAAGAGAUCCGCGACCUCCGCAUUGUCGGCCUUACCGUCUGGCUCGACUCCCGUCACGUGAUCUGGGGCCAAGACAAAGAAGAAGAUGGACGACUCGGAGACCGGGUCAUGAUCUCGACCAGCCCCUCGAUGGAGUUUGGUGGGCCCCAGCAGCGACAGGUGGGGGAUGGGUUGCUGUCGUGGUUGGAGGUUGAUGAAAAUGUUGAGGGGGUGGAGGGGUUUGAAGGUGGAAUUGGUGGUGGGGAGAUGCAGUGUCCGGUUGGAAAGGGAGUGGCGGGGAUUAUUGGAGGAUCGAUGGGUGUGAUUAUGAGGCGGCCUGUUGGGUGUUAUGGACGGUUAGUGGGCGAUGGGGAGGAGGAUGAUAUUUCGCAUGGGCUUCAUUCUAUGUAA